AUGUCCGAAAAUGAUAUUGAUCCAAAUAAAUACAGCGAACUGAGGAGUAUCUAUAAACACUACAUUGAUUCAUAUAUUGCGUUGUAUCAGCUAAAAACGGAAAAAGAAGAAGAAAUAAAAGACAUUUACCAACAGAUCAAAACAGAAUUGAUUGAUUCAAAGACAUACCCACCGAAAAAGAUUAUUAAAGACAUUUUAUGUAUCGUUCCGUAUAAUAAUCGCUAUACGAAGUCAUAUUUAUUUCUUGUCAAACACAUAUCUGAUGAUUAUCAUGUCACAGAUAUCAGGAAUGUUGAACAUAUUUCAAACUUCCUGUUUUAUAAAGAAUAUGGAAUUAAAUUAGACAAAUCUGAUGAUUUUGAAAAAAUUAACUCAGAAAAUCUGGAUAUUCAUAAAGAAAAUACGAUUUACAGAGCAAUUAUGUAUAAUGAUUUAGAAAGAUUCAUUACAUUCACUGAAAUGGAUGGAUUUGAUAAAGAUCAAAAACUUAAAAGUAGUUUAUAUCCAAAUUUUCAUCACAUUGUAUAUUCAUUACUUGAAUUAUGUUGUUACCAUGGAGCAGUUGAUUGUUUCAAGUUAUUAAGAACGAAAUUUCAAUCACCAAUAACUCAAACAUGUCUUCAAUUAUCUUUUUUAGGAGGAAAUCCGGAGAUCAUGAGUGAAUGUUUGAAAUAUCAGAAACCAAAUAGAGAAUGCAUGGAUUAUGCAAUUAUUUCACACAACAUUGAUUUUGUUACGUUCUUGAUGAAUGAAUACAAUAAAUUUAUCAAUUUAGAUUGUUGUGCAGUGCAUUGUAAUCUUGAUGCAUUUUUAGUUUAUUUCGACCAAACUAAUGAUGUUGACAAAUGCUUUGUUUAUUCAGUGAUGUUUAAUAUUCCAUCUCUUUGUGAAUAUUUCCUAUCAACUGGUGCAAAUAUCAAUGAAAAAGAUAUUGAUGGGAAAACCGCUCUUCAUAUUGCAGCACGUUAUAAUUGUAUAGAAACAGUCGAACUUCUUAUAUCACAUGGCGCAAAUAUCAACGAAAAAAAUAAAGAUGGAGAAACUUCUCUCCACAUUGCAGCAAAUAAUAAUAGUAAAGAAACAGCCGAACUUCUUAUAUCAAAUGGUGCGAAUAUCAAUGAAAAAAAUGAUGAUGCAGGAACCGCUCUUCAUAUUGCAGCAUUCGAAAAUCAUAAAGAAACAGUCGAGCUUCUUAUAUCACAUGGUGCAAAUAUCAAUGAAAAAAAUGAUUAUGGAGAAACUGCUCUUCAUGUUGCAGCAUAUAAUAAUAGUAAAGAAACAGCCGAAAUUCUAAUAUCACAUGGUAUAAAUAUCAAUGAAAAAGAUGAUGACGGAGGAACUGCUCUUCAUAAUGCAGUAUAUUAUAAUUAUAAAGAAACAGCCGAACUUCUUAUAUCACAUGGUAUAAACAUCAAUGCAAAAAAUGAUAAUGGAAGAACUGCUCUUCAUGUUGCAGUAUAUGAUAAUAGGAAAGAAAUCGCCGAACUUCUUAUAUCACAUGGUGCGAAUAUCAACGAAAAAAAUAAUGAUGGAAAAACCGCUCUUCAUACUGCAGCAUCUAACAAUAGUAAAGAAACAGCCGAAAUUCUAAUAUCACAUGGUGCAAAUAUCAAUGAAAAAGAUGAAUAUGGACAAACCGCUCUUGAUACUGCAACAUUUUUUAAUCAUAAAGAAACAGCCGAACUUCUUAAAUCACAUGAUAUAAAGAUUAAUAAAAAAGAUAAUGGAGGGACAAAACGCUCUUCAAAUUGCAGUAUAUUAUAA